AGCCAACAUUAAAACUAGAAAUUAUUGUAACAACAAAACAAAUCGCUCCGAUUUAUUUAUUUCUGUCCACAUUUAGAUUUCUCGUUUUUCACCUUUUGGCUCAAAACAAACUAUGGUGCGAAGGCAACGUGAACCAAGCACGACUGAAGAUGAAAUUGUAAUAGACGCUUCACCAGCGAAGAAGCACAAGCGUCAUAAGCACAAGAAGCACAAAAAGAGGAAGUUUGAGGAUGAGUACGACAGCGACACUUCCAUCGAUGUCGCUUACGAGGACGGCUCCGAGAAGCGGCCGAAGCUGGCGCCAGCGGAGGCCCCGGGCUCCUCCGCCGCCGAGCUGCUGAAGGCGCAGACGAUGCGGGCCGCGGACUCGCGCCGCUCCAUGCCAGGCUCCUCGUCCAGCACCCCGCCCAAACUACAACCAAACAAGAAGAAGAAAACUAAAGGCAAAGACAGUGGCACUUCCAGUGAGGAGGAGAGAUGGCUCGAUGCAAUCAAGUCUGGGAAACUAGAAGAGGUAGAUGAAGAACUAAAGAAAAUCAAACCCAAAGAUCCCAAAAUGAUGACUGCUAGGCAGAGAGCCAUGUACGAGCGAGGGACGGACAGGGAGAUGAGUCCCGGGCGGGAAGUCCUCAUGGCCCUACCAUCAGGUUAUAAAGAGAAGGUAAUGACAGCAGAAGCCAUACAAAAAGCAGCAUUAAAGUCACAAAAACGAAAACAAUUGGCUGAUGAAAAACGAGAGAAGGAUAAGAAAAAAACAAUGGAUCGUCUCCUGAAAAAGCAAGAAUCUAAAAUAUUAAAAAAUGCCCAGAAAGGAAAAUCUACAAAAAAACUGGAACCCAUGAUUGUUUAUAAAAACAAUGUCAAUGAAAUAGCUAUGUCCAUGCCCCCCGGGAUACCGUUUCCCCUAGAGACCCAGCCUCCAAGAGAUCCCCCUAAGGUGGUGAGCUGUGCUGCUGAUGGCUGUCAUAAUAUAAAGAAAUAUAAUUGCUCAAAGACUGGCGUACCUUUGUGUAGUUUAGAAUGCUAUAAAAAGAACUUAGCAAGUAUUGUAGUGUAAUAAAUGUUGAUGAUCUAUUUAUGUGUUA